AUGAAUAUCAAAUCGUUAUUGUUACCGGUAUUAUUUGUCAGCAAUGUUUUCGCGUAUAAUAUACUUGUGGUGUUUCCAUUCCCUGGUAAAAGUCAUACCAUUUUAGGAGAAGGUUAUGUGCGGCAUUUAUUAAAAGCUGGCCAUGAGGUUACAUAUGUUACUCCAGCCCUUUUAAAGCCCCAUCCAAAGCUAAAACAAAUAGAUGUAUCUUCUAACAUAGAUGGAUUUGAACAAGAUACUAAAAUACUAAGCUUCGAUACGUUUUUAAAAGAGAAAAUUGCAAUGGAUUCAAGUAUGGUAUACGAUUUGAUGUUAAAAAUGUAUAAUAGAUCCAUAACACAUGAGAACGUUCAAUACUUCCUCAAAGAAAGUAAAGACAAAUAUGAUCUUGCUAUUGUUGAAUGGUUGUAUUCAGAACUUUAUACCGGGUUUGCUGCCAUCUUUAAUAUCCCACACGUUUAUGCAUCAUCUCUAGAGCCUCAUCCUGAUAUUUUGAACUUGAUCGACGAACCACAAAAUCCCGCAUACUUUCCAGAACACACGUCACCCGUUAGCUUACCGUUGACUUUUGCAGAACGAGUUAGUGAAUUGUGGAAUCUGAUCUAUUUAUAUUUUGUGCGAUGGCAUCUAAAAGACACAGAAGAAAAAGUAUUUCAAGAUGCCUUUGGCCCAGCUGCAAUAAAAAGAGGGAUAAAUUUACCAACUUUAAAUAAAAUUAAAUACGAAACUUCUUUGGUGUUUGGUAAUUCUCAUGUUUCAACAGGUGAAGCUUACAAGCUUCCACAGAAUUAUAUUCCAAUUGCUGGAUAUCAUAUCGACGACCAGAAAAAACCUUUACCAGAGGAUUUGCAAAAAGUUAUGGAUAAUUCACCUCAUGGUGUUAUAUACUUUAGUAUGGGCACUAUGAUGAAAAGUAAAACCAUGCCACAAGAAUUUAAAAGAGGUUUAUUGCAAGUAUUUAGCGAACUAAAACAGACAGUGAUUUGGAAGUUUGAAGAAAAAAUGGAUAAUGUACCUAAAAAUGUACACAUCGUACAGUGGGCUCCACAGCAGAGUAUUUUAGCUCAUCCGAACUGCAUACUCUUCAUCACACACGGAGGUCUUUUAUCGACGACAGAAACUUUGCAUUAUGGUGUACCAAUCAUCGGCAUUCCGCUAUUCGCAGACCAACACAUAAAUGUGGUUAGAGCUGUUCAGAAAGGAUUUGCGCUACAAGUAGACUUGGAUUAUGAUACACCAGCAAAAUUGCAGAUAGCCAUUCAAGAGAUCUUAUCUAAUUCGAAAUAUCGUGAAAAAGUGAAGCAACUUUCUUUUAUAUAUCACCAUCGGCCAACAUCGCCUGGUCAAGAAAUCCUUCAUUGGGUUGAACAUAUAAUCCAAACAAAGGGUGCCAGCCACCUUCGAUCACCAGCUUUUAAUGUACCUUUAUAUCAAAAGCUCUACUUAGAUUUGUUGGGAUUAAUAGCAAUUGUAAUAGUUAUCAUAGUUCAUAUAUUAAAGAAAAUUAAAUCAAUUCUGUUAACUACAUCAAAGAAAAGUGAAAACUUUAAGAGUAAAAAGAAGCAUAAGUGA